AUGAAAAUUAAUUCUACCAUCUAUGAUGAAGCGCAUAAGCUGGCUCUCAGGCCUCGAAUGAAACUUUUGUUCUACGGAGUGCUUUGCGGAGCCGCAGUUCCUACCAUGUACCUGAGGACCUACUACAUGCCCAAAGUGGAGGCCAACAACGCACGAGACGUCAAAAAGUUAGGCAAUCAAGUGAACCAAUUGCAAAAAAGAGCUGCCAAGAUUGAGGAUUCCGUGGUCUCCGGUGGGGCCAGCGGGGCCGGCGGAACCGGAACGAUUUUCUCAGAAGCACCGAUCAGAACAAGUGAAAAUCUAGGUUUACUCGGCGGAGUCGGUGACAUUCCGUUGGCAACCUGGCACAUAGGCGGUCGAAACCGCUAUGCCAAUGACGAAAACUACAGAAAACUCGUGGACGAGGCAAACGCGAUCAUGUUUUCUUCAAUUAUGUGA